GUGGCGCAUGAGUCGGCUGCAGGAAACUCCCACUGUAGGCGUUUCUUCCCGGUGGCGGUACGCCGACAGACAGCGUCGAUGAACGGCGCGCUUCACGCGCUUCUCUCCGGGGGCGAAGAAGAAGGACGGGGCGCGUCUGGGAUUACUCCGCCGGGACUUUAGUGGCAACUAGAGCCGCUCGUUCAGGCUCCUCACACUCCCGCGGACGCUCGAGUGUGCUGUUGAAAUCCCGGGACCGACUGACGUGUGCUUCCUCCUCCGCUCCGGAUCCAGGAGCUCGCUGACCGUGGAUCAGCCCGCACAGGGUGUUCGUUGUGUGGACGUCGCCGUACGUUCGUGUGUGAGGACACGAUGUCCUCCCCUCGCUGCUUCCUGCUGGCUCUGCUGGUUCUGCUGGUUCACUUCUCUCUGGCUCAGUCCCGACCGGCCACAGAGGACACAGACACAGCAGAUGCAGUCAAAUCCUCUGAAGAUGAAGAAGAUGAUGAGUCAUCGUCAGAGGAAAAUAAACUGUCCAAUGAGCUGUCAACAAGCAACGAGAAGCUGCAGCAGCCGCUGGCGCCGCAGUGGGUGAUGCCAGAGAAGAUGGAGAAGCUGCUCCAUGCCGUUCCUGCCAGCAAGACGGUGAAGUUUCGAUGCCAAGCGGGGGGAAACCCGGUUCCCUCCCUGCGCUGGUACAAGAAUGGGAAAGAGCUGAGGAAGGACCAAAGAAUUGGAGGCUACAAGAUCAGAGACCACAUGUGGACUCUAAUAAUGGAGUCAGUGGUUCCCUCUGAUAAAGGGAACUACACCUGUGUGGUGGAGAAUGAAUACGGGAGCCUCCGACACACCUACCAGCUGGAUGUAGUGGAGCGUUCUCCUCACAGGCCCAUCCUGCAGGCCGGGCUGCCGGCCAACCAGACGGCGGUCGUUGGCAGCGAUGUGGAGUUCGUGUGCCGCGUCUUCAGCGACCCGCAGCCUCACAUCCGGUGGAUCAAACACAUGACUGUCAACGGCAGCAGAGUGGGACCGGACGGAGCGCCCUACGCUCGUAUUCUUAAAACUGCCGGCGUGAACACCACAGACAGAGAGAUGGAGGUGUUGAGUCUGAGGAACGUGACUCUGGACGAUGCCGGAGAGUACACCUGCCUGGCCGAGAACUCCAUCGGGAUGUCCCACCACUCUGCGUGGCUCACUGUGCUCAACGACCCGCCCCCCUCCCCGCUGCCCUCUCAGACCUACCUGGAGAUCUUCAUCUACUGCCUCGGGUUUUUCAUCGUCGUCAUCCUCACGGCUGCAGCUGUCAUCUGCAGGCUCUGCUGCGCCCCAAAGAAGAGUGACUUCAACAACCAGCUGGCCGUGCAGAAGUUAGCCAAGAGCAUGCCUCUGAGGAGACAGGUGUCGAUCGAGUCGUCGUCCUCGCUGCAGUCAGGGAUGUGUUUGAUGCGUCAGUCACGUCUCUCCAGCGCAGCCACCACCAUCCUGGCGGGAGUGUCUGAGUACGAACUUCCCUACGAUCCUGCGUGGGAGCUGCCUCGUGACAGGCUGAGUCUGGGGAAGCCUCUGGGCGAAGGCUGCUUCGGUCAGGUGGUCCUGGCUGAGGCCGUCGGGAUUGACACAAACAAACCGACACGCGUCACAAAGGUGGCCGUGAAGAUGCUGAAAGCCGAUGCCACGGAGAAGGAUCUGUCUGACCUGAUCUCUGAGAUGGAAAUGAUGAAGAUGAUCGGGAAGCACAAGAACAUCAUCAACCUGCUGGGUGCCUGCACUCAGGACGGCCCUCUGUACGUGGUGGUGGAGUACGCCUCGCAGGGGAAUCUGAGGGAGUAUCUGCGAGCUCGCCGGCCGCUCGGGUUGGAGUACUGGAGCGGCUCAAGGCAGGCGUCGCUGGGCAGCGUGGAGGUCGGGGAGCUGGUGUCUGCAGCGUACCAGGUGGCCCGAGGGAUGGCGUACCUGGCAUCAAAGAAGUGCAUUCACAGAGACCUGGCAGCCCGCAACGUGCUGGUCACUGAGGACAGCGUGAUGAAGAUCGCCGACUUCGGCCUGGCUCGAGACAUUCACCACAUCGACUACUACAAGAAGACCACCAACGUGGUCGUUCGGGGUCUUGCUGUGGGAGAUCUUCACCCUUGGGGGGUCUCCGUACCCUGGCGUCCCCGUCGAGGAGCUCUUCAAACUGCUGAAGGAGGGACACCGUAUGGAGAAGCCCUCGGCGUGCACUCAGGAGCUGUAUCUGAUGAUGCGAGACUGCUGGCACGCCGUCCCGUCCCGCAGGCCCACUUUCCAGCAGCUGGUCGAAGAUUUAGAUCGAAGUCUCUCUCUCACGGCCAACCAGGAGUACCUGGACCUGGCCGCCCCUCUGGUCCAGUACACUCCGGUCCAGUACUCCCCGGUCAGCACCUCUUCCUCAGCUCAUUCCUCUGUCUCCACAUAAUCCUCGUGGGGCCCUUUCUCCUUCCUGAAUCACCUUCCUCCUGUUUCCUGUGGAGCGGCGGCGGCCCUGGAGGAGAGCGGGCGGUGGAACGAGCUGCUUCGCCGCAGCCUGAUGUAAAGAACAGCUGGACUGAGCCGGCCUCAGGAAACGCAGCAUCUGAUCUGUAAGCGGUGCAUAGACUGAUGGGAGACUUCCAGCCUUAACGAUGUCGUCAGUGUGAAUAUUGUAAAUAAUAAUUCGAGUUCCAGGAAGAGCAUUUAUCAGAGAAACGUGACAUGAAAGGGAAACAGCAGAGAAUUUAAAGUGCAACAAAAUGCAGGAAUAAUUGUGUAAGUUUAAUAUUUCCCUGAUGCUCCUGAUUGCCUCGUUUAUUUGCCUUUGUGUUUAAUUUAAUUCUCUGUUUAUUUUUCAGUGUUUUGUGUGUCGGGUUUGAUGUUGCAUCAGUGUUACUGCCCAUUUAUGAUAAUGCACUUAUUCUCCAUCAUUACUUCAUACGCUG